AAGGAAAAUGGGGGACAAUCUGUUUUGAUGGAUGGGACUUCAAAGACGCCAGGGUUGCAUGUCGUGAACUUGGGUAUACAGAUGCUGUCAGACCUCUUAGGCGGUUGUUCCUGGUUCCUUUCGGUUCUGGACCUGUAUGGUUGGCUCAUGUCGAUUGUAAUGGGAAGGAAACAAAUAUAAAGAGUUGUUCUCAUCUUGACUGGGGAAGUCACGUUUGCCCACAUUCUGAAGAUGCUGGAGUGGAAUGUACCACGAAAGUUUUUGAAGGUAAAUCUGGAUCAUUGAGGAUACGGGGACCCAUGAGUGCAAAUGGAACAGGUCGCGUUGAAAUACUUCAUGAUGAACAAUGGGGGACAAUCUGUGAUCAUGGAUGGCGUAUGAAAGACGCUAGGGUUGCUUGUCGUCAGCUUGGUUAUCCAGAUGCUGUCAGAUCACUUCAUGGGAACGAGGUUCCUUCUGGUUCAGGGCGGAUAUGGUUAGCUCAUGUAGCUUGCAAUGGAAACGAGACAAAUAUCACAAGUUGUUCUCAUCAUGGUUGGGGAAAUCAUUAUUGUACACAUUCCGAAGAUGCUGGAAUAGAAUGUAGUAACACCGUUUUUGCAGGUAAGCCUGGAUCACUGAGAAUACAAGGUCCCAUGAGCGUAAAUGGAACAGGUCGCGUUGAAAUACUUCAUGAUGGACAAUGGGGGACAAUCUGUGAUCAUGGAUGGCGUAUAAAAGACGCUAGGGUUGCAUGUCGUCAGCUUGGUUAUCCAGAUGUUGUCAGAUCACUUCAUGGAAACGAGGUUCCUACUGGUUCCGGACGUAUAUGGUUAGCUCAUGUCGCUUGCAAUGGAAAAGAACCAAAUAUCACAAGUUGUUCUCAUCAUGGUUGGGGAAAUCAUUUUUGUACACAUUCCGAAGAUGCUGGGAUAGAAUGUAGUAACACUGUUUUUGCAGGUAAGCCUGGAUCAUUGAGAAUACGAGGUCCCAUGAGUGCAAAUGGAACAGGUCGCGUUGAAAUACUUCAUGAUGGACAAUGGGGGACAAUCUGUGAUCAUGGGUGGCGUGUGGAAGACGCUAGAGUUGCUUGUCGUCAGCUUGGUUACCCAGAUGCUGUCAGAUCCCUUCAUGGGAACGAGGUUCCUUCUGGUUCAGGACGGAUAUGGUUAGCUCAAGUAGCUUGUAAUGGCAAAGAGCCAAAUAUCACAAGUUGUGCUCAUCAUGGUUGGGAUAAUCAUUUUUGUAAACAUUCCGAAGAUGCUGGAGUAGAAUGUAGUAAAAAAGCGACAGGAAUUCCAACGACUAGAAGUACCAAGAAAUCUGGAGCAAAGUCAAUUAGGUUACAAGGACCAUCGUGUGCAAAUGGAACAGGUCGUGUACAGGUAUUCUACAAAAGAGAAUGGGGGACAGUGUGUGAUGACGAAUGGGAUAUAAACGAUGCUAGGGUUGCAUGUCGUCAACUUGGUUAUUCAAAUGCUCCCCACGGGUAUCAGGUUCCUUCUGGUUCUGGACGAAUAUGGUUGGACGAGGUCGCUUGUACAGAGAGCAAACUAUAA